GUCCCUUUUUUGCACCACGACCCUUUACAUCAUCUAAGUAUCAUCAGUUUUCAUAUUUUUUCCGAUCGUCGUCGAUCAUCUUCAGUGGCACAGUCUAUCUCUAUCUUCACAAAGGGAGAAAAAAGCGCUCUUUCGAACCUGGCAGUGCUGCAGUAGCCAACAAACAUAACAAGAUGCUUUGCCACGUGGCGAAUCAACCCGAGCCGGUGUGGUACUCCAAGGAGGGCUAUUCCGCCUUGAAGCCCACGCCAAACGUUCCCCCGACGUUGCUGAAGGAGUAUGAGAUUCACGGACCAGAAUUCCAAACCGCGGACUACAAGGUCAACGCCGAAACGAAGGAUGAGCGACCGCACCCGGGUCCCGGGUACCAGGUCUGCGCCCUGUUCCAGGCGGGCAUGUGCAACCGAUUCUCGGCGUUCCCCGACAUGCUCAGAAGAGGCGACCCGAUGGGAGAAUGGGGAUUGCGUACAACUCAACAUUAAAUGAUUUUUUUGCUGCGCUUCAUUUCUGUUCUCCUCCUCAAGUUAAAGUUUUUCUGAUUUCUUUCACAUUUGCAGCGACGUUUUUGAGUCAAUAGAAGUGUCUUUUUCGCAGACCUACUGACUGCUUUGUUUCCUCCCCCUACUACAACAUCUACUUAUACGCUUCUCCAAAACUUGACACUUCAGACGGGCUGUGCGAGGAGUGCUGGCUGCGGCGACGCGAGAUGAAGAAGCGCGGACUUCCCGACUUUGGAUGCGAAAAUACGCCUUUGCGGGCGGAAAUCGAGAACGACCUGCCGCGGCUGAUGCCGAUCGUGCCGUCGUUUGACCGCGAACCCGUGAAGUCCAUCGUGUUUUUCGGCGACAUGUUCACGCCCCGGAUCUCGGAGCAGCGGGGCCAGCGCGUGUCGCUGACCAAGUUCAACGAGAUCCAGUAUACGCACCAGGUGGCUCAGGACAAGGACGGCAACUGGCGCUGCGUGAACGAGCGCACGCGGGUAGAGCGGCAACGGGCUUUGACAGCGGCCAACAGCGGUUCCCUGGCAGCGACUUCUACGACCACGCCAGACGAGGUACUGAAGCAGCAGCCCAAACCGCUGCCCCCGUCCACCGCGGAAUUCAUCGAGAUUUACGACGAAUCGAACUUUCUCCUGUCCGGCCAGGACCUGGCGGCCAGCGUGUUCGAGCACUACCAGCGCGACGUGACGGGCAAGUGCAAGCCCGGGAUUCUGACCUUGGUGCACAACCUGGACCCAGACUGCGUGGUGAUUUCGGCGGGACACCUGGACCUGACCGAGGGUGUGUCGGCGAAGGACGUUUUUGUCGCGACGAAAAUCCUCGGGGAGCAGGCACUGAAGGUGCCGCGGAAGCACGAGUCGCUGCCGGCGCGCAAGGUGGUGUUUAUGGCCAUUCCGAUCACCCCAACGCUGAAACAAUUUCCGGACAUGAUCAAACGCCGGCACCUGGUGUUGGAGCGGCUCACGCACAUCCAGCGCAUGAAUCCGCAGGUGCGAGUGCUGCAGUGCUUCGAGGGCAAAACCGUGUCCGGGGGCCACUUCCUGCAACCCGCGUCCAUGUUGACCAAAGCGGAGCACGCGCACGCCUUGUCCGUCAUCCUAAACAACCUGAAGACCAGUCCCGGCGACCCCGUCAACGACGUCUUGUACCCGGACGUGCUGCACGAGUUUCUGGUCCAGGGAGGGCCAGUGGUGGAAACUAAGAGUUCUGGUGCUACGACGGGGGAUGCAACUACAUCAACAAACGCGGCUAGUAAAAUAAACACCCAAGAUGAACCUCCGGCCGAUCAGGCAGCUACGGGCGGCGCCGCGGGGGAGUCCGAGUCGGCCCCAGUGGAGGUCGAGGUGGCCGCUGACGGAGAAAUAUCAAACAAGCCAGAAGUGCCUGGCGAUGGACAGGACGAGGACAGUGGAAAUAUUCAAACGGGUGAUGGUGCUGCGGUUCCAGGCGAAGAUGAACAACCGAAGAAUACAGGAGAAGAUGCAGCUGCAGCCGCAGAAGGAAGCUUGGAAGGAGGAGAUGCUGCUAUUACAACAGCUGAGGCCGCGGCGUAG